GGCGAGAUGGCGGCGGGCGGCGGCGACCCGGCGGCGGCCUUCGUGGCGUGGUGCGGGGCGGCCGGCGUGCGGCUCAGCCCCAAGGUGCGCCUCAGCAGGCAGGGCACGGUGUCCGGCUACGGGCUGGUGGCCGGCGAGGAGCUGGCGGCGGGCGAGCUGCUGGUGGCCGUGCCGCGCCCCGCGCUGCUCUCCCAGCACACCUGCGGCAUCCGCGGCCUGCUGCGGGACGCCCAGGACUCUCUGCAGAGCCAGUCGGGGUGGGUGCCCCUCCUGCUGGCCCUGCUCUACGAGUACACGGCCAGCAGCUCCCCGUGGAGGCCCUACUUCGCCCUCUGGGAGGACUUCAGGAGCUUGGAUCACCCCAUGUUCUGGCCUGAAGAAGAAAGGACAAGGCUGCUGCAGGGCACAGGCAUCCCAGAAGCAGUAGACAAGGACCUGGCUAACAUCCACCUGGAGUACAGCUCCAUCAUCCUGCCUUUCAUGCAGGCCCACCCUGAUGUCUUCGACCCCAAGGUGCACACGCUGGAGUUGUACAAGCAGCUGGUGGCGUUUGUCAUGGCCUACAGUUUUCAGGAACCUUUGGAGGAGGAAGACGAAGAUGAGAAGGGACCCAAUCCUCCCAUGAUGGUACCUGUAGCAGAUAUUUUGAAUCACGUGGCCAACCACAAUGCCAACCUGGAAUAUGCUCCGAAGUGUUUGCGAAUGGUUACAACACGGCCCAUCAGCAAAGGACAAGAGAUCUUCAACACCUACGGGCAGAUGGCCAACUGGCAGCUCCUGCACAUGUACGGCUUCGCGGAGCCAUAUCCUGGCAACACCAACGACACGGCCGACAUCCAGAUGGUGACAGUGCGCAAGGCAGCCAUGCAGCGUGCCAAAAAUGAAGCACAGCGGCAACUGGUCUCGGAGCAGUGGGACUUCUUGUGCCAGCUGGAGAUGGUGGGGGAGGAAGGCGCCUUCGUGCUUGGCUGGGAUGAGGUGCUGACAGAGGAAGAGCUGUCUGUGACCCUGAAGGUGCUGUGCAUGUCAGAAGAAGAAUUCAAGGAGUAUAAGGAACAAGAUGGCUGGGAAGACGACAGUGAGGAAGAGGAAAGCUCCACCCUUUCUAACGAAGCUCUCUCCAGACUUAAAACCCCUUGCAAGAAGCUCCUUUAUGACAGUGUGCUGCUGACCCUGGAGUCCUACGGGUCAGACCUGAAAGCAGACCAGGACUUGCUAAAAAAGGAAGCUUAUGAGAAACUGAGUCGAAGGGAGCAGCAAGCUUUGCAUGUACGCUAUGGACAGAAGAGGAUCUUGCAUCAGCUGCUAGAGCUGGUACGCUAAAAGCCUCACUGCCCCUGGAAGUGAACUGCCUGGAACUGUGCUUGUAGAGGGAAGGUCAGCCUUCAGCCUUCCUUCCUACAGCAGUGAGAAUGGAUGCCAAGAUUGAAUAUGGACCCACUUGUCCCUCAGUUUGUGGCUUUUCAGCUACCUCCACAUAAAGAUAAAAAAUCUUGCACAA